AUGGAUAAUCAAGCACAAGAAACGAAAAUGGCCAACAGUACGAUUCCAACUCAGGGUGAAGUUGAAAUGGGUGAUGUCCAAAAAUCCGAGAAAAACGGGCAGGUAAACCACGAUAUUCUCGAGUACCAGCCUUCUGGGUGGCUGGAGACGACCCUGACCAGCGUUGGCAGUUCUACCGAUAGCUUUUUCAAGAAGAACAAGUCUGUUAUGAAGACUAUCACGCUAUUUAUGCUGAAUGGACUAGUUAUAGGAUAUUUUUUUGCGUGUCUAUAUUAUUAUUUAAGUUAUGUUAAUAAACCGUUAGAACUCUGCUAUGGCUUCGGAAGUCUUAUCACGGUUCUGAGUAUAAUAUACUUCUUCGUCGUAUACUUCAUGGUGGUGAAGAAAUUAAUAGGGAAAUGGUUUGAAAAUACCGUUUGGUCGAAGGUUGAAGCCGUCUGCGGACAUGUGUGGAGUUCUGCGUUGUUCCGCUGGUGUCUAAGCCUGGGAAUAUUGGCUGCCAUCGGUUUAUAUCUAUUCUUCGAUGCGAGAGAUGAGCCCUACAGACUUAUAUCUUUAUUGGGACUCUUCAUACUGCUUCUCUUGGGCUUCGUAUUCUCUGCCCAUCCGGGUCGCGUCAACUGGAGGACUGUCCUGGUCGGUCUUCUCCUUCAGUUUCUGUUCGGGGUGAUCUUCAUCAGGUGGUCUCCUGGCAGGUUGGCCUUGCAAUGCUUCUCUAAUAAGGUGGCUACGUUCCUGUCUUACGGAGUGGACGGCGCAGCGUUUGCCUUUGGUGAACUUCUAGUGAGAACCGAAGGAGUUUUUGCAUUCAGUACUCUUCCAGUGAUCUUCUUCUUCAGUAUGUUAGUGGAAGUGCUGUUCUUUUAUGGAGCGCUGCAAUGGUUCUGUACAAAACUGGGGAUGCUAUUGAGAUCAGCUACUGGAACCACUGUCUGCGAGAGUGUCAUUGCCGUUGGAAAUGUGUUUUUGGGCAUGACCGAAUCCAUUUUACUGGUCAAACCAUACAUCGCAUUACUGACACAAUCUGAGCUCUUUGUCAUCAUGGCUUCGGGAUUCGCCACUGUUUCCGGUACCAUCCUCGCGGCGUACAUCGGAUUCGGCGCAGACCCUCAGCAUCUAGUGACUGCCAGUAUUAUGUCAGCACCAGCUGCCAUCUGCUACGCGAAGCUCAUGAUGCCUGAAACCAAGAGAUCUUUAACCACCGUAGAUAAUAUACAGCCUGUGAUUAGUCCAGACCAGUCUGCGCUCUCAGCAGCCACUCGAGGAGCUACCAAUGGCAUCAGUUUAAUCCUAAACAUCAUCGCCAAUAUAGUAGCCUUCGUGGCCUUCGUAUCAUUCGUCAACGGUUUCCUUGGCUACUGUGGGGGGCUGCUCGGGGACCCAGAUAUCAACCUGGAGUUUAUUCUUGGGAAGAUUUUUAUCCCACUGUGUUGGGUUAUGGGAGUGCCGUGGGAAGAAUGUGAGAUGGUAGGAGCUUUAAUAGGCCUGAAGACGAUAGUGAAUGAGUUCGUGGCGUACCAGCGUAUGGGGGAACUGAAAGCAGCUGGGCUCUUAUCGCCCAGAGCUGAGCUGAUUGCGACAUACGCGUUAUGUGGAUUCACCAACCCAAGCUCUGUGGGCAUCAUGAUUGGUGCCAUCGCAGCCAUAGCUCCUAGCCAGAGGGAGAACUUGUCUAGCAUCGCAGUCAGGGCCUUCUUCGCCGGAUGUGGUAUUUGUUUCAUGACAGCCUGCAUAGCAAAUAUGCUGAUGCCUAGUAGCGCCUUUGGAUAA